AUGUGCAAUAAACAAAUAUAUUUUCCAGGAUCACAGAAAGAAGAUGACUAUGAAGUGACCCAGGUAGCUAUAAUUGGAUCAUCAGUUGACUAUAUCACACCAUGUGGAAUUUGUCGACAGUUCCUACGUGAAUCCCUUUCCCUAACCACACUUAUUACUCUGUUUAACUACGAUGGUACUAAAUAUAAAGUUACAUCUCUUGAACAACUAUUACCUGAGAGUUUUGGACCCAAUCAUUUGUACCAGCAAUAA